CACCAAGGGAGACAGGCUGAGGGAGAGGAGGGAUAAGGAAUACUGGACAGAGAGACAGAAGACAUCAGGAGCUGAAGACUUUGUCCAAGAAGAGAGAAAGAAGAUAGAGGGGGAGAAAGAGGAGGACAUGCGAGAGUUUCACAACAAAGAAACAGAGGGAUCUUUGGGGGACAAUGAUGACAGACCCAGUGAGGAUGAUGAGGAUGAUGCUGCUCGCUCUAGUCUUCAUCCUGAGUGUCAGUAUGCCCUGUUUAUCUGUCUACAACAGUGGGGAGUGCUACUUCAAUACCAAAGGAAGCUGUGAGUACAUGGGGCAAGUGUAUGGAAUAGGUGAGAGUUGGAUGACCAAGGACUGUUACCAGUGUGUCUGUAUGGAUCCAUUUGGAGUGGGCUGCUGUGAUCAUGGAUCUCAACCCAUGGACUGGUGUGAUGUGAUCCGCAAGCCAGACUCCUGCAACAUCAUCGCUGUGAUGAAAGCCAAUCACAAGCUGCCUUGUCUGUGUGGACCGGGUUGUCUCAGGCUAGGGGCGCGGCAGCCAUGGAAAUCUGACAGCUGCCCUUUAUUUGGAUCGGUCCAUAAUUCUGCCAUUCAUAAAUGGGAAGAUGAGAAAUGAUUAAAACACAGAUUGACUGAUAGUGUUUCUCACUGUUUCUUACAAACAAAUGCAGAUAGACUGUUAUUAACAUAGGCAGUGCUUGACUUGGACUGAAAUUGGUUCCGGUAAUCAUUUUGGGUGCCGGUACUGUUUAUAUUUAGGUGCAGGAGCUCCAAAUACUUUUGAGAUAAUAUUCUAUAAAAGGAACAGGAGCCCAAGCAGUAGAACAUUUGAGAUACUGGUACUCAGCUCCAGUGAGCUCCUGCCCAAGUCAAGGCUUGAACACAGCAAAGAAUAAGAAUUACUGUAAUACAAUCCACUCACACAGCCACAGCAGCUAAUGGCACAGUGACACCGAAAGAUUGGGGGAGGGGUUAUAAAGUCAGACUCACUGCAUUAUUGAAUUUCCUUCAUACAUGUAUGUUACAUUGGACAUGUUUAAUCCACAAGACGUUAGUACCUAGGUCCUACAUGUACCUGAUGUUUAAAUAAAAAGAUACAUUUCAAAUGC